CGAAAACAGCCGCCCCAUAGAAGCAAUGCCCUCCUCACUGGCAAUCAGUGUCACUUACCUGCUGCUCUUGUUAAGUCUAGCCUCAGCAGUAUCGGCCCAGAUAUGGAAGGCAGGACAUGCCACCCGAUAUGGCCCGUAUGCGUCAAACCCAGCGGAGUCUGAGCAGGGAUACUUGCCGAACGAAGUAGGGGUCGGGUGCUCGACGGGCAUUGUCGGAAACGACCCUCGGUGGAACGCUAUCGUCGCUGGCGGCACUUACACAAACCCCACGAACCCGAACACUGUAUGGCCCAAACGCCCCACCGUGGCCGUGUCAGAGGCAGCUUACCCAUCAAAAUCGAGGAUCUGCUAUAAGACAUUGAAAAUUCGAGCGUCGGGUGUCAAAAACGCACCGAUUAUUGAUGCGGAUGUGGUGGAUUUCUGUCCCGCAGCGAAGUGUAACUGGCCACGAAAGGAGCUGGCUUUCAACGUUGACGUGUACGGGGAAUACACCUGGAAAGCGCUGGGCGGGAAGGACGGCGGCGGCAAGCUGAAGGUAGAAAUUGCCUGGCCGGCGGAUGUCACUCCGGCCCCUAUACCGGACGGGAUUGGAGCCCCCGAAACGCCUGUGACAGUUGACCCCACGGAUGCACCGACUCAGCCGCUGGACGGUGAGUUUGUUCUUUCCAGGUGGACUUGAAUGGAAAGUGAGAGCUGAGAAAUCUCUGAC